ACAUCACUAACUGGUUUUGACAAAUAAAUUGAAGUAAAUGGCUGAUUGUGAUUGUGGCUAGAUCGAUUGAAGAAAAAUGCGAAAAAGGACUUGAUAAAUAGAUAAUUAGUGCAAUAUAUCUUCUCUCUGUUCCAUAACGAAACACUUAUUUGAGUAUACAGUGUGGAUUGUAUGAUACAAUGCUGUGCAAAGAGCUGAAUGCCGCAUAACUGUAUCGUCGGUCAACCGCGUCCGCAGCCGGUACAUAUUGCGCCUUCGACUAAUAACUGCUGACUGAAAAUAAUUAAUUACAGCAAAGUUUAAUUUAGAAUGAAGUGAAUAGACGUUAAAACAAUGAUUUUGUGUGCAAUAAACAUGGUUACGGCCAAAUUACGUCAAGAAAAUGCAAAAUAAAAAACAUCGUGAUUGAUUUGUUACUGCAAUCCCUUUUUUAUUUAGUUUUUGUGGUGAGAAAAGUAGGUUAGCUCGGUCAGCAAUGGAAAUGUCGGUGCCUUUGGUUGAAAUUUCCGUGAAGCCGGAACCAAUGGAGGAUGAGGGCACGAGUCAGGAAGACAAUCUGAAACAAGACAACUGCAAUUUACGAUCAGAAGAAUUAUGGAUAAAACCGGAGCCAUUGGAAGAUGAAUCUCAAGAUUCCAGAGAGGGGGAGACUUCGGAUAAUGAGACUGGGCAGGAAGGUGGAGAUGAGGACCUUGGGAAAAAAGAAAAUAAGGAUGGGAUAUCGAAGCUGCCUCUCAAGAAGAGGCUAGAGAAGACAGUGAAGCAAGAAGAUGGCUGUUCCGUCAAAGAAGAAGACAAAUCGGAUGGCGCUGAACAAAAUGAGAAGCCAGCUGAAAAUAUUCAAGCUAAGAUGGAGACCCCCCUGAUGUACUCCUACGAGAUCACGAAGAACAUAGAGAUAGUGACCAUUGAUGAUGAGGAGCGUCACCAGGAGUACUUGGAGACGCUGAAGUCUCGUCAGCACAUGCGUCACGUCUGCGAGAAUUGUGCCGUCGGCUUCGUGCUGAAACAGGCUUAUGAUGAUCAUAUGAAGGUGCAUGCUCCAGAAUCGGGUGAACACGAAUGCGUGAUCUGCCACUCCCGGCUGAAGACGGCAGACAUGUUGUACCGGCACCGGCUGCGGCACUACCGCCGGUACCGGUGCCUGCUCUGCCGGAUGCGGUUCAAGGACAAGGACACCGCAGCCUGCCACGUCAUGAACGACCACAUCGGACAGACUUUUGAAUGUGAUCGUUGCGGGAGGGGAUUCAAACGGCCCCAAUACCUGAAGAGACACGUGGAGCAGUACCACACGAAGCCACAUCGCCUGGAGUGCGCUGUCUGCCUCCGAGUGUUCCACGAGCGCGGCUGGUACAGGUCUCACAUCAGGACGCACAACGAGGAAGUAAAAGCGAAGACGGUGAAGUUACCUGCCACGUGCACCAUCUGUUCGCGCGACUACAAAACUAAAUCGAGCUUAAAACGCCAUCUAUUGACACACGACCAUAACUCUUACUGUCGAAUAUGUUUCGUGAAGUGUAAGAACAGGAUCACGCUGGGUGAACAUUAUUUGAAGGAACACAAUGAAAAAUAUGAAGGCGUGGCAGAGGAGACGUGUCCCCACUGUGAGCGGGUGUGCGUGACGCGGGCGAUGCUCAAGCGACACAUACAACGCAUGCAUGCUGACAGGACCAAGAAAUACCAAUGCGACCACUGUCAACGUCUCUACCUGACGAAGGGCGAGGUUCGUGCGCACAUAAUGUGGUCUCACAUGCCAGCCGAGAUCCGUGGAGGACAUGCCUGUCCUUGCGGUAGGAUCUUCAGAAGCCCCUCGUUGCUCCGCAGCCAUAAAGCCAGGUUCCACGAGUCCCAGCCUCCGCCCAGAGUCCAUCAGUGUGAUCACUGCGACAAGGCAUUUGCGAACAAGCAAGUACUAAACCGCCACAAGAAGAGUCAUUCCAACGAGAUGUACCCCUGCAAGGAGUGUGGCUUACUCUUCAAAACACAACCCUACGUCAAGGUGCACUACCAGCUGAAGCACCUGAACAUGACACGAGCAGAGAUCAAGGCCCAGAGGAAACUAAACAAGGAGAAGAUUAUACAGAAUAAUAUACACAACACCCUCAAUUGGGAACCCCCACCCCCUAUUUCCAGCAGUAAAGGGAUUCUACCUACUGAAGAGGACACCGACCCUCUUCUUCUUGAAGAAAACGAUGGUGAUCCAAAGAUGGCACAGAAUGUUGAAAUUGAAAUUCCACAGUUUCAAACUUUUAUUGAUAUUCGAAGGGAGUAGGGAGUUAGGUGAUAUUGUUAGCCCCGCUAAAGAGAGUGCUUUGAGCGGGUUUGUUUUACGUUAAGCGAUCGACCCGUUUAUGACGUUCGGCGCCCUGAUUGGCUGCUCCAAGUUAACCAACCAAUCAGAGGACAGAGAACUAAAUGCAAUAACGUCUCGAUCGCGUUUAUGUGAACCAAAUUCGCAAUAGGCACUCCGGUAGAUAGAUAGUGUAAAUGCUAGUCGAAUAGAGUAGUACCUACAGAAGAGUUAUAUUGUUGGCUUGGCAACCGAGUCUACAUUGGGGGCUACCAUUUUUUCCAACACCAGAUGGUGGUAAUUUAGCAUAAGAGUUUGUCCAAUCACUGUAGCUGUCAAAAAUUGAAUAACCAAUGCCGUGGUGUGACACAAGCUAAUUCGCUAUUAGGCGAAAAGACGAGAGGUUCACAUUAGCUCCAUACGGUGAGCAAAAAAACGAAUGGUAGCCCCUAUUAAAUGUUGUCGACUGUACUGCCAGUAUAGUGCUUUUUGAGGUGGGAUAAUCAUCUAACGGUUUAUCCAGCCUUGGGUGAGGUAAGAGGGAGUGUCAGACUUAGUGACUAAAAACCACCCCGUUCCUACUUUUGUUUCGAGCUGGGCGGAGCCCCGGUGACCCGGAAGGUUGUCCAAAGCGAAUCUUUGGACAACCUUCCGGGUCUGGCACCUGUCAGGUCGGGUCUGGCCUAACCGGGCGACGAACUACUCUUGCUCGCCAUCCGCAGACUCUUGCUUAUGGUGGCCGGAAAUCGUCUCGCGAUCCUUGCAUGACUCCUACGGGAGUUGGGACGUGGGGAGGUUUAAACCCUCGCGCACUCCGCCUUCUCCUUAGCUAGCAUGACUGCUUCACAGAAGGAGGAGACGGCAUCCCAGUUUCCCUCGAUCCGCACCACGGCCUGAACCAAAGCCGGACACUGCAAUUUUAAUGCAUGGAUGAUGGAACUGACAUUCACUUAAGUCAAACGGUUUUUGACUUGUCUAUCCUAUUCGAGUAGUGUUGAUGCUAUUUGUUCAGCGGAGCAAUGGAUGCCCGAGUCAGAUAGGAGAUUCGUUUUUGAGUUCUACAUGGUAUUUCGAAUUACUUUUGUACAUGUAGCGGCAUGUACCAAAUUUUUUUCUUAUAUGUAAUUCGAUAGCUAAUAGGACUAAGCUAGGGUAGACUAGAGAAAAGAGUCGUGCUGCUGUUAUUGAUAAAGAAAAUUUGACUUUAAAAUCUUAGUCGUAAAUUCGAGUUUGGUAGUUAAAUUGUUAAAAUAUGCCCAAAUAGUAAUCUUUGAAGAUAUUAAAUUUGUGACUUUAAUGUAUUGUAAUAGAGUUCAAUUCUGAAUAGCUUUUUCAAUGUUACAAUGUACAGGGGGAGAAUUUUUUGCCAAAAUGCAGCAAUAAGUUUAGUAUUUAAUAUGAAUGGCAAAAAGUAAUAACUUAGGCUUCUUAAAUGCUAGAUCUCUUAAUAAACUUACAUCUCAAUGAUACGAGUCUAUUUUACAAUUUGUUAGUUAUUUAGGAUUUGUCUGGAUACUUGAAAGCUAUCUUUAUUUACAUUUGUUUGUUAUGACUAUAACUUAUAAGAUAACGACUUGAUGACUUCCAGACAAGUAUUUGGAAACGACAUAUUUCUAUCUGCAAUGACCACCUAUCUUUGACGUUUAGACAGAUAGCACAUGAGGAAGAUUUAAGAAGAGACCUUGACAGAUGUAGUGAAGGGGACUAACUUUAUUACAAUGCACUGGGUAGUUAUAUAACGACUAUGAGUCAGAGUACAGACUUUAGUUUUUAUACGGCUCACGCUCGAAUAAUGAGAGGCCACUCAACUUUAAUUCCCACUUAAGUAUAUUUCUGUCUAAAUUAUUAUGUUUUCGACUUAUUCACGUAAUUAUUUGACAAAGAACUCGUAUGUAACACUGUUUUUGCGUCGACCCGGGAUUCGAACCCAACACCAACGCAGCUGCGGGCGAGUCUAGCGUGCCAACAGUGUCCCGCCGCCGUCGCCGACACCGCGAGGGAGCACAGUGCGCGCCACGGCACGCCGGCACGCUCCAGUAGCCAGUAGCAGCCACAGUCGCCGCGUCGCAGGGCGCGAACUGCGAAUGCUGCUCAUGAAUAUGAGCU